GAUUCACCUGCACUCCGAAAGGAGGGACGAAGGGAGAAGGUUUUUACCAAAAAACCUUGCUCUGGAGAAAAAGAAACAGCUGAGAUGAAAGUCCAAUAGCACAUCUUUUUCUUCCCCUCACUUCUUCAAACCUGUCUCCGACGGGAAACUUCAGCAGAUCUUCUCACAGCGCUCCGCUUUACAACUUUUCACCCGGAGGGACGCUGACGGCUCGCCGCAGCAGCGACAGACCACGAUGUACCGCUCAACCAAAGGGGCGUCCAAGGCGCGACGGGACCAGAUCAACGCGGAGAUCCGAAACCUGAAGGACUUGUUGCCCAUCUCUGAUGCAGACAAAGCGCGUCUCUCGUAUCUGCACAUCAUGUCCCUGGCCUGCAUGUACACCAGGAAGUCCGUCUUCUUCACUCAAGAAGCGGGAUCUGCUGGCGGUGACGAGGAGAGCGCUGCGUUUCUGUCUUUCCACGAGCUUUCGGAGCUGAUGCAGGCGAUGCCGGGCUUCCUGAUGCUGCUUACCGGAGAAGGGAAGCUGCUCUACCUGUCUGACAGCGUCUCCGAGCAUCUCGGACACUCCAUGGUGGAUCUUGUGGCACAAGGUGACAGCGUUUAUGAUAUAAUCGACACUGCAGAUCACUUCAUCAUGAGGACCAACCUGUCUGCUUCUCCAUCACUUGAGAUGGACCGUCUCUUUCGCUGCCGUUUCAACACCUCCAAGUCGGUGCGGAGGCAGAGUGCCGGAAAUAAGCUGGUUCUGAUCCGUGCUCACUGCGUCGCUCCACCCUCUGCCGCCCCCGCCGCCAGCUCCUACUGGACCUCCAACCCGGUGUGGGUGUGUUUCUGCACCCCGCUGGAGCCCCAGCCCACUCGCUCCGGGUCGGGGCCAGACAGGGACGUGACCUCUGCCCCCCCGCUGGCCGAGACCAACCUGUUUCUGGCGUGUUUCCACUCCCAGCACGGCAGAGACAUGAGGCUCCAGGCGGCACAGGACAGCAUGACUGUAUAUCUGGGCUACGAUGUGACAGCUUUACGCUCCCGCUCCUGGUACGGCCUCCUCCACCCACAGGAUCUGUCACACGCCUCUGCUCAGCACCGCAGCCUGUUGAGGGAAGGUGGAGAGGGCAGAGCUGAGAUGGUGGUUCGUGUUCAGGCUCACGAUCUGUCCUGGGUUUGGCUCUACAUGGUGCUUCAGCUGCAGCACGGAGACAUUCCCAUCAGCAGCAACAACUACAUCAUCAGUGACUCUGAAGCCUGGUCGGUGCGCCAGCAGCUCAGCUCCGAGCAGACCCAGCUGACCCUGGUUCUGAGCGCUGGCCUGUCUCAGCCAGAGGGCCUGAGCCUGCAGUCACCGGAGACCCUGUCCAGUCCAGACCAGGUUUUCACGCCCGGUAGCAGCGGUCUGUCCGCCCAGUCCUUCGACUUCAGCACGGCCGGCUGCAGCGUCGGCUCCUCGGACGAGCCGGGCAGUUCCAUCGCCGAGCCCAUGCAGCUGGAGGGAGACCCUCGCUCCAGCAUCUCCUCUAUGGAGGAGGACAGCUUCUUCCAGCCACCGCCCACAGAAACCCUCUCCGCCGCGUCUUCGCCGACUCCCGUCACGGUGGAGACAGUAGCAGAUUUGGACUUUUUGACCCAGAACAUUCUCCUGCCUCCGUCCUUCCAACUCGACCCUCCGCUGCCGCUGCCCACCUCUCAGGCUCAGCAGACCAAAGAGUUUGUGUGCACCCCGCCGUACACGCCGCAGGUCGGAGGAACCAGUUUCCAGUUCAACGAGCCGCUAUUCAGCUUCGACCCCUCUGGCACCACAACGCCUCCUCCCUCUGCUACGACUGCCACCUCCUCCACCUCGCUGGCGUCCUCCACCUCCUCCACAGCACCGCCCACUACAAACCCCAACCCUGCUCCACCCACCACUCUCUCCACCAAACUGCCCCUGGCUUUGCCCGCCCUCUCCACCGACCUGCUGUUCUCCGUUGAGACAUGCAGCGGCGCCCUGUACGAGAAGCUGCCCCCCACGCCCGACAGUCCAGGAGACGGAGAUUGCACGGUGAUGACUCUACCAGAGGUCCGCGGGCCGCUUUACGUUGACGUGCCGCUCGGGCCCCUCCACUGUCCCCCCGAAGGCCUGCUGACCCCUGAGGCGUCACCCGGCAAACAGCCUUGCCUCACCUUCUUCUCCUUGGAGCGGGAAAAGGAACGGGCGGAAAUUUCCCUCCUGGCUCAACACAUCAGCUCCCUGGCUGAGGGUUUCUACCUGGAUCCUCUUUUGUCCAAACUAUCCCCCUCCUCCUCGCCUCCGUCGCCCUUUCUGUCCCCGGCUAUUGAAGCGGCAGAUCCAGUCCACAUGCUAAGGGAGUUUUAUCCCGUAAAAACGUGGAGAGGUCUGGACAUCCCCAUCUUCCUCGACGACGAUGACUCUCUGUUUGAAGAGAACAUCCUAGAAACGCUCCUGCAAGACGACUUCGUUCCCAACCUCUCUGCCCCCUCCAGCCCCACCUCUCCGCACACCCCAGUGUGUUGGCACCAACCCUCCCAGUUUGAGGGAGCGGGCCACAUCUGUAGCGUCCAAUCGGCGCAAUGUAACUCCGUGGCCGGACGCGGGGCGAGCGUGGCGACGACGGACGGGGAGGGGCUGGCGGAGGAAGCGAUGGAGAUGGAGGUGGAGGUGGCGUCGUCUCCCGUGUCGUCUUGCUCCUCCAUCCCGGCUUCCCCUCCCCUCAGCCUCAUUGCCUCCCCGAGCCCUGCCGCCGCCAUGCCCGUCGCCUCGCCCACACCCGCCAUGUCUUGCACUCAGUCCCUCCUGGAGGAACUGGCCGUCCUGGAACCCAUGUUUGGGGCAGGUGCCUCGAUCGCCCCUGGCUUAGGGCAACAACCUGAGUUGUAUCAACUCCAAUGUCAUCCAUCGCCACAGUGCUUCCACAAAGAUGGGAGUGGAAGUGUUCCUCCGUUCUAAAAUAAGUCUGUGACUUACUUCAUUAAGUAUGGCAUAUUGUCAUAUUUUGUGGAGACCCUUUUACUGAAAAGUAAAAAACAAUUAAGUGUAUAAAUAUACAUAAUGUAUAUACAACUUAAGGACUUCAUCUCCUACAUGUCUGCUAAGAACAAAGAUUGGCUAUAUAUUUUUGUUCAGUCAUUUCUUCUGUGUAAUAUUGCAAAAAAAAAAAAAAAAAAAGAGAGAAAAAAAAACUGGUACCAGAUUCACACGACGACCAAAUGGAGCCAGAACUGCCUGGGUUCUGGCUCCAUUUGGUGACCUCUCAGUUAGAGGUGCACCGACUGCAGUUUUCAGGUUACCGAUCUUUAAAAAAGCCUGACCUGCCAUCCCGAUUUUGGCCGGUAACGAUUUUUACUGCCUGAAAUGUUACUAAAUAAAGUCUGCAGACAUGUCCUGCUUGGUCCCCCAAGCAGGACAUGUCUUGGGGGACAGUGUCCCCCACCCCAAUCAGCAUAUUCUUGCAGCAUUUAAGAACAUAGCGGAUUUUCUUAAAUUAGAUCCCAAAUUUAAGAAAAUCAGGUCGGACUGAUUGGCAGAUCAAUUUUCGGUGCACCUCUACACUCCAGAGCUUCAGAGACGAUCAAACUCCAGAUACGUAUGUGUAUUCACUCGUAGUGAAAUAUCUGUUGUGAACAAAAACAAAUGAUGCAUUUCUUGCUAUUUCAGUAGUGGGAUGAAUCAUAGCACUUUUUUGCCUGACAUGCAGCAACGCAAACCCAAACCUCAAACGUUACAGGAAGUCAAAUGUUUACAAUUGUUUACAACCUAAGUGCGAAAACAAUCAGUAGAGAGAGAGAGAGAGAAAAAAGAUUUUUUAUCUUAAAUCUUCUGAUUUAGUUCACAAAACCAGACGAAUUCUGGUUUAAACUCCUUCCAAAAACACAGAAAUGGAACUGAAACCGAGAUACUUUGAGCUUUGAGUUUGCGACUUUUAAAUUUUUAACAUCUCAUGGUUAUCGCUCCAUCUGAAAUCUUGUGUAUCGAUGUGAUUUGCAAACAAAAAGAAAACAUGAAGAACUGGACUCUGAUCAUGCCACAAACCCUCUGCGACUCUGUACUGUACAUUAAGACUCUGAAUGUGGACUCAUCGGGUCCUCCUCCUCCUCUUCUUCUUCUUCCCUGCUUUUGGCUGUGGGGCAGUCGGCUGGAUAUUCUUGCAGCAUCAAUAUUUGCAAUGCUGGCAGCUUAUAGCGGCUCCUGUGUGCCUGAAACGGCCCUUGAACUUUGAACUCUUCAUCCACUCCGAGCGAGUGGACGGUCGGCAUUGUGGCUCCACUGGAGCGCGGUGCAGCGAGGCACAAAUUUAUGGAUACCGUUUGUAACUUUACGAGGUGAAAAACUAACAGCGAACAUUUGGUUUGUUUAGCCAGAUGGAGAAAAAAAAAAGUGGAUGUUAAUUUUUCAAAGUUAUUUUUUCACAUUAUUCCACAUAUUUAUAAAUGUCAGAGUUUGGAGCUAAAUAUUUCAUUUUGAAAACUAAACAUAUGACUCAGACUAAAACAUUUAGUCUUAACUAAAUAUUUAGUUUUUAAACUUGUGACUUAAAUAUUUAGUUUGGAACUCUGAGAUUUAUAAAUGUAGGAAUAAUAUGUUGUAAAUACGACUUUGAAAAUGUAAUAUUCUCAUUUUUUCUUUUUUACCGGGCAAAUAAACAAAAUCAUCGCUGUUAAUGUUUUACAGUGUGACUUAACAAACGGCACUCCAUACGAAUUGACUAUGUUGAACGAGCGAUUCUUCUUUUUUGAGAGGGGUUUAGAAUACAAAAAGGUUUUGUUUUAAAAAAAUGAAAACUGGGGGGACGGGUGCUAUUUCUAUUCAGUUACCAAACGACACGGGUUGAGAAUGGUACAAUUCCCAUGGUGUCGACAUGCUCACGUAGAGUUGUCUACGGUCAAGUAAAGGAUUGAUUCCUACGUUCUAGCUAUUCAAGGCUAAGUUAAUAUACAUGUGUAAAAAUUAUACAUCUGUAUGUGUGAUAUUUGAAGAAAAAAAAGCUAUUUCAUAUGCGUUACGUCUCAGGAUGUAGGCAUAUGUUCUUUUCUGAAAGGUUGUACACAUUUGUACAUUUGUAUGAAACAGCUCCUGGUCUGUACAUACAGAAGAGAGAGAUUUUUAUCGCAUAAAAUGGAAUAUAUUCUGAACAUCUUAUUAUUAUUCCUAUUAUUUACUGCAGAAUGGACAUUGUGAACCAGUGUUCUAUUGUGAUGCUUAUAAGUGUAUUUGGUUGUCAUACAAAUGCAUUUAUAUU